AUGGCAAAUCCCAGCGCCGCCUCCCGCGCCGAGGAGAUCACGCGCCCGUCGAAGUCUCUAUCCAAGGCCGCCCACCGCCGCGCCGCCGCCGUGUCCCAGAAGCUCGCCGCGCGCGGCCUCUGCACUUUCAUCUGGCACAAGAAGCUCGACCGCGACCUCUCCCGCGGCCUCGUCCCGGACAUCGUCUCCCUCCGCUCCGAGCGCCGCCGCUGCCUCGCCCGCCGCAAGGAGGCCGCCGCCGUCAGCUCAUCCUCCGCCGCUGCCUCCCGGCGGACAUCCCCGCCGCCGAUCACGACCGCCUUUCUGGCCAGGGCGGAGGAGGACGCCAAGGAGGCGGCAUUCCUCCUCGAGCAGAGCAGGCUCCGGGCCGAGACGCGGUUCGGCCACGGCCGGCCCAAGCCCAUCGACUUGCUCGUGAAAUCGCUCGACGGGACGCUGCGCUGCGCGCUCUCGGCGUUCCGCGGCGCGUCGUUGGAGGACCUGCGUGAGCUCGGCAAGCAGAUCGCGGAGCCUGCCGGUCUAGACAGGGCGAACGGGCCCUUCUGGGAGGCCGCCAAGGUAAUGUGCGACGCCGAGAUCGCCAAGGCCGCCGGGACGGCAGCAAGCCCCUGGACGGCAGGGGGCAGCGGGAGCCUGCUAUACCCAGUGAUCGUUGCCGACGUGAGAAGAGACGUCGGUUGCAAGAGCGCCGAAGAGCUCGACGAGAUGCAGGCGACCAUCGCCGCGCGGCUGGCCACCGGCCAGGCCAUGGUCGUCGAGUACUGGCAGGAAGUGUUGGAGCUCAUCCGGGUCGAGAGGGCCAGGAAGUUCCUCGAGGAGAAUUACUCCACACGCGACGACGCGCCGCCCGCGUUCGACGGCCAUGACGAGGAACCUGAGAGCGCAGACGACGACGGAGACGGCUUCGCGGACGCCGACGAGGAGGAGUCCGAAGCCAUCUGCCCGGUCGCGGUGCCGCGGACGCUGACGAAGCCCAAGUACAUCGCGCGGGUGCGGUCAGGGUUCGAGUGGAACAAGUACAACCGCGUGCACUACGACCAUGACCGUCCCCCGCCCAAGACCGUCAAGGGCUACAAGUUCGUCGUGUUCUACCCUGGUUUCACCGGCACGAAGGCUCCCGAGUACACCAUCCACAAGGACGGCGACGGGGAGAGCGGCGAGACCUGCAUCAUCAGGUUCCACGCCGGGCCACCGUACGAGGACAUCGCGUUCAGGAUUGUGAACAAGGAAUGGGAGUAUUCGCGGAAGGCGGGAUUCAGGUGCACCUUCGACAGGGGUAUCCUGCACCUGAAUUUUCACUUCAAGCGCUUCUUUUACAAGCGAUGA